GGUGGAUGAAGCCACAGAAGAACCAAAGGCGGAUGAAGCAACAGAAGAACCGAAGAAGGACAAAGUAACAGAAGAACCAAAGGCAGGUGAAGUAACAGAAGAACAAACAACAAAAGAAGACACUAAGGUCGACGAGGAAACGGCAGAAGGCAAGGGAGAACAGUCAGAAAGCUCCAGUGGCGAGGAUGUUAAAGACAGUGUCGACGUAAAGGCUGCAGAUGAGGAGCAGGCAACUGCAAAGGAUGAUGUGGUAGAAGCAGAACAAGUUAAUGAAACAGAAGUCCCCAAAGAAGAAUCAAAAGUCGAUGAAACGACCAAGGAGGAGUCCAAGGAGGAGGAAAAGACCGUUGAAGUUCCUUUAGAGGAGAAGAAAACGGUGCUUGAAAAAGUAACAUUCAAAAAGAGAGAUCCUUGGGAUGAUGAGAAAGUGAAACAAGAUGCCAAGGAUGCAUUAGAACUACUCGCUUCCCUAGAUAAGUCUGAAGAAAAAACAGCUGAAGCUAAACUGGAUGAACAAUCCGAGGUUGUCAGCAAGGUCCAACAAGAUGCAAAAGAUGCCCUUUCUUUGUUGGCUUCAUCUACAGAAGGGUCAUCAUCAGAAACAACCACUGUACAAUCUGGCUCAUCGUUCUCUUCUAAAACUACCACCGAAAGGGUUGAGAUUACUUCUGGUGGGGUAACUGAAGUCAGUGAAACUACAACCACUGAGGUUGAGGAUGUUCAGCCUAUGGUUGAAGAGAUCAAGAUUAGUGAUGUCCUUGCCAAAGCUAAAGCAGAUUUAGCAGCUCUGAAGGCUAAAGCAAAACAAAUUCGACAAGAGAGCUUAGAUGAAACACAAUCCAUUCAAAAAUUGGAAGAGGAAAAUGCAGAAAGUUUAGAAAAGGGUACAGCCAGACACGAAGAAAGUAGGAGUGUGAAGACAUCCAGUAGAUCCGAAACUAAAGUGGAAACUAAGGUGGAAGCAUCCAGCGAAUCAUCAUCAUCGUUUGCCGAGGAAAAACAUCUUUCAGCUACCGCUGAGAAAAUUACUUUCAAGAAGAAAAGUUUUCUCGACGAUGACGAGGAUGCUGGGUGGUGAUAAUAACAUCAACAUCUACGGUGGUGUAAAUAUAUUUAAUGAGACUAUAUAGAUGGCACUGAUCAUGUAUAAUUCUUACAAUAACAACACUGCCAAGACAACACAGAACAACAUCUAUAUAAACAAUCAUGGACAUAGUUUGUAUUCAUAAAUGGUUCAAAUAUCAUCUUUGUAUUGGACUAGAAAUUUCGCAGUCCAUGUUUGAUUCAUCACUUCUCUUUAUUUACCAACAGAGUAGUCUUGCUUCAAGAUCCUGGAC